AUGGGGAAAUUACCCAAGUGCCUUAAUGGUGGUGACUAUUCCCCAUCGCAAGCAGGAGUUGCAACGAUAAGUACGGAUUGCGUCUUCUGGAGGAUCUCCCACUCGUUCCAGGGACGGCAGCGGAUGGGACGGUUUUCCGCGGUGGAUAAUGGCCGUUCCUCCAUUACAUGCAUGGACCUUUUCUCAUAUGAUAGUGUCGCGGUGGAGAACUGUGGAGGGUGGGUUUUAGCUAUUCUCCGAAAACACAUCGGCGGUAUGGCUUGCGGGAUGGGCGCAGUUGGGCUUAUCGUGUUUGCGUUUCCGGAAAUUUCCCUCUCAGGAGAAAGAGGGGAGAACUUUAAGAGAGAGAGAGAGAGUUAA